AUGGGCGAGGCAGCACAUGCAAGCUACAACAAUGCCAUCGAAGAGCUGCGCGCAGAGGAGUACCCCAUGCUGCAGGACACGACGUACCUGGACCAUGCCGGCACCACGCUCUACUCCAAAUCGCUGAUCGAGCGCUUCUCGGCCGACAUGAUGGCGAACCUCUACGGCAACCCCCAUUCCGCCUCCAAUGCCUCCCAACUGACGACGCGGCGAAUCGAAGAUGUGCGGCUGCGCCUCUUACAAAUGUUCAACGCCGACCCCCAAGAGUUCGACGUCGUCUUUGUUGCCAACGCCACUGCUGGGAUCAAGCUGGUCAUGGAUGCAUUCCGGGAUCACGACGAAGGAUUCUGGUACGGCUAUCACAGGGACGCGCAUACGAGUCUGAUAGGGGUACGCGAGGCAGCGAAGGAGCAUCGAUGUUUCGCUUCGGAUGGCGAGGUCAAUGACUGGAUUGACGCCCAAGACACUGGAGUUGGGUCGCCACAGCUGUUUGCAUAUCCAGCGCAAUCCAACAUGAACGGGCGUCGCCUGCCGUUGGACUGGUCACACCGCAUGCGUACGGGCAAAAGAAAACCUGUGUACACCCUGUUGGAUGCUGCGGCACUUGUCUCAACAUCGCCUCUUGAUCUCGGGAAUCCUGACGAGGCCCCCGACUUUACGGUAUUGAGCCUGUACAAGAUAUUUGGCUUUCCCGACCUGGGCGCCCUGAUAGUCAGGCAAGCAUCAGCAUCGGUUUUCGACAAGCGACGCUACUUCGGUGGCGGCACAGUCGAAAUGGUCGUGUGCUUGAAAGAGCAAUGGCACGCCAAGAAGGCGGACGCAUUACAUGAAAGGUUGGAAGACGGCACUCUUCCGAUACAUAGUAUCAUAGCGCUUGAUAGCGCCAUGGCCGUCCACAAGGAGCUCUACACCUCGUUGGAUAGGAUUUCGAGCCACACCACCUAUCUCGCCCGGCAGCUGUACGAGAGACUUUCGUCGCUACGGCACGGGAAUGGCGAAGACGUCUGCCACGUGUACAAAGACCCAGCCUCCAACUACGGAGAUUCGCUUACCCAGGGCCCAGUUGUUGCGUUCAAUCUUCGCAACCAAUGCGGAGGCUGGGUGAGCAAUGCAGAGGCGGAGAAGUUGGCUGCAAUCAAGAACAUCCAACUCAGGACCGGCGGACUUUGCAAUCCCGGUGGUGUUGCCUCAUCGCUAGGAUUGGCACCCUGGGAGAUGCGAGAGAAUUUUUCUGCCGGGCAGCGGUGCGGUAACGAUAAUGAUAUCCUGCGUGCGAAGCCGACCGGCAUGAUACGCGUCAGCUUUGGAGCGAUGAGUACCCUAUCGGAUGUGGACAAGUUUGUUGGCUUCGUGCGCGAAUUCUUCGUUCAGGAACGCCAGCCGGUGGACACGUCUCCAAUGAUGUCUGCUGCUGUAGAGCCACCAACUCAAAGUCGCUUGCACGUGGAGAGCCUAUCUGUCUACCCUAUCAAGAGUUGUGCGGGGUUCAGCGUACCGCCCGGUAGUGCAUGGGAGGUGCGCCCAGAGGGUCUUGCGUGGGAUCGCGAGUGGUGUUUGGUUCAUCAGGGCACCGGAGCCGCACUGAGUCAAAAGCGCUACCCAAAGAUGGCUCUCAUACGUCCCAGUAUCGACCUCGAGAAGGGAUUUCUACGGGUGAGCUUAGUAGGCGCUCUGCAGAAUACAACAGAUAUGCAUGAGAUCACUGUGCCUCUCUCCGCGGAUCCACGAAUGUUCACCGACGGAGGUGUAUACAAAGACGCAAGAGCCAAGGUCUGCGGAGAUUCUAUCCAAGCAAAGACCUAUAGGUCGAGCGACGUAUCGGCAUUCUUUACGCGGGCUCUUGGGGUGGCCUGUCACCUUGCACGCUUCCCUGCUGCUAGCAACGGGAGCGCCACCUCAAGACACUCCAAAGCGCAUCUGCAAAAGUACCAGAAGGCGGGCGCUAUGCGAGUACCCGGCGCUUUCCCAGAAACGGUUCCCAUUACGCCCGGCGCGUGCGUUUCGAAGCCAAUCUUACUAGCAAAUGAGAGUCCCAUCCUUACUAUAUCACGAUCGAGCCUCAACCGCCUUAAUGAAUUGAUCAAGGCAGAGGGCGGUAAAGCGGCGCAAGCAGAGGUGUUCAGAGCCAACAUCGUGGUUGCGGAGAACCCAGCGUACCCGCCUGGGCUGGAAGACCCGUAUGCGGAAGACGACUGGCGCUACCUCCAGAUUGGCCAUCAGUACUUUGAGAUGCUAGGAGCGUGUCGCAGAUGCCAAAUGGUCUGCAUUGACCAGCAAACCGCCGAAAGAAACCAGGAACCCUUUGUAACGCUCUCCAAAACACGACGUUUUGAUGGUCGCGUAUACUUUGGAGAGCAUACUUGUCAUGUACCCUGGGACAAUGUGCCAUCUCCUCUGAGGCAGAACCCCGCCAUCACGGUCGGCGAUGCAGUAAGCCCUAUUAGAGAGGAUGAGAUACACCAGAACAGCCAGCUGCAGGCCCUCGUAGGUUGA